CCUCCUCCGUAGCAAAGCAAGAUGGCGACGGUCGUAGAAAGAGUUGAUGGAUGUGUCGGGUCCUUGGACUCGGACGCCGUGUCACUGAGACAGACAACCCCCCCACCGGACCAGCCGCACCAGAACAACCCUCUGCUGGGUCUGCCCAUCGUGGCCAUUGAGACGAUCCUCAACUUCCUGUCUUAUGAUGAGAUCAGCCUGCUGCGCUCGGUGUGCAAGCGUAUGGACAUGAUCUGCCAGCGCGUCCUGAAUCAGGGAUUCCUGAAGGUGGAGCGUUACCACAGCCUGUGUCAGAGGCAAGUCAAAGCCCAGCUGCCCAGGAGAGAGUCAGAGAGGAGAAACCACUCACUGGCCCGUCAUGCUGACAUCCUGGCUGCCGUGGAGACGCGCCUUUCGCUCCUCAACAUGACCUUCAUGAAGUAUGUCGACUCCAACCUCUGCUGCUUCAUCCCUGGAAAGGUAAUAGAUGAGAUUUACCGUGUGUUGCGCUACGUGAACUCCACCCGAGCCCCUCAGCGAGCUCAUGAGGUUCUGCAGGAGUUGAGGGACAUCUCCUCCAUGGCCAUGGAGUACUUCGAUGAGAAGAUCGUCCCCAUUCUGAAGAAGAAGCUGCCGGGAGCCGAUCUGUCCCGGUCGCCUCAUUGCUCUGCACCAGUGGCGGGUCCGUCUACCUCUUUGACCACCAUGUCCUUGCUGGCUAAGAACACACCUUCACGCUCUGAGAUGACCAAAGUGCAGCAGCAGGUGAAAGUGAACGGGGGGGCGUCGAUGACAGUACUGCGGAGGGAGAUGCAGGAAAUUCGGGUCAAGAGCAUUUGGAGCAGCAGAAGCAGCUGCAAGACCAGGGAGCAGAAGCUUCAGGAACAGAGCCAGGUGAUCGGUGAGCAGAACGCCCGUCUCGCAGAGCUGGAACAUAAGCUCCGUGAACUGAUGACAGCUGCUGCUGCUAUUGGAGGACCCCGGGCCCAACACGAGUGUCCCCUCACAUCCAGCAGUUCUGCCGUUUCUUUCGCCGCUGCCAGCACAUCUACUGCUGUCUUGGCAGGUGUUGGCGUGGCUGCAGCCUCACCCAGAGAGACAGAGGGUGAGGUAGGGGCAUCGCUCAAACGCACCAGAAAGAGCUCAGACCUUCCACGACAAUCCAAACGGCUGCGCAGCAAGAAAUGAGAAACUCAGUGUGCCCUUUAGUUCCGUUUCUCUUGAUUUUAAGGUCUGACUGAUCACAUCUUAUACCCAGUGCCCCGAGUCAUCAGCCAUCACCAACACACUUUAUGUGUACUGUCACACACACCUGCUGUGGUGGUGAAUUUCACAAUAGUGUUGAAUAACUCACUGCUGUCCACAGCGAAAUACUGAACCCAGAAUGGCAUUAAUGCACAUUAAUAGGGCCGACUUACUGUUAAAGAACUGUUAAAGCCUGAUGUUUCCCCUUUGUUAACACAUCACUACUGAAACAGCUCACUAGUAAAUCGUUUCACCUUUAAAAAGCUCUGUAGUUUCUAUUGUCAACAGUAGAUGGAUCCACAUGUGGUGGGACAGGGAGUUUUCAGGCAGUGGAACAGUGGAUGUGGGCCUGAGUGGGACUACAGUGUUUCUGGUAGUAAAGGAACGUGACCCAGGGAGACAGCGUGACCCGCUCGUGUUUUAUCAGGAACUGGAUGAUGAUGGAACAGAUUGAUCAUUUUAGGAUUUGGCUGCACAGUUCUUUUUGUUAGGAUGCAUUCAUUGGUGGCCCCGGCUCUGCACAGACCAUUUGUUGGCAAGUCCUUGCAAGGCUUUACUGAGUGAAGGUAUAGGCCAGUGGAUGCCACUAGAAAGGCUGUUUUUAUUGAAGGUUUCAUUAAAGUAACUGUACUUUUAAUGAGACGUGUUUUCUGACAGGCUCAUAUUUGGGAGUCAGGUUAACAGACAACGCCACCUUGCACAUGUGAUUCAUGCAUUGUGUAGUAAAAUCUACAGAGAUUUUCAUAAACAACUAAAGGUAUCAAAGUUAAACUAUGAAUUGCAAGUUUAAAACAUGGAGCUGCAUGUUUUUGGUAAUCAGUUGGUAUCAGUUACAGUAGCUUCUUUAUAAGUUUGGCAGAGUGCAAUAUGAAGUAAUUUAUUCCUUUUAGUAGCUGCAUCUAUGCUGCUCCGAUAAGUUUAAUUUAAUUCUUUUCCUAAAAGGAAGGAGGAGGAGGGCAGCGUUCAUUAGCCACAGUGGCGUGUGUUAGCUCCGCCCCCUCUCUACCUGGCAGAGGGAAACGUUUUCCUUUCCACUCUGAUCCUUUGAAAAGCAGCGGUGACCAUGGAAGCUGUGGCUCUGCUGUGUGAGCGAAAGCAGCAAAGCCUGAACCCCAAGUCCAUUGUUGGCAGUUAUGUGAUGCAUCACAGUAUGAGCUGCUCAUAUCAGGCAUAUUCAGGAGCCAGCUGGGGUCUGUAGUGUUUCUCGGGCUGCAAGCGUGUGAUUCAGCUGACACAAAUUGGGCAUCACGACCUGCUUCAAUUAUCAGUGUGUUUAUAAAAAAAAAAAAAAAAGCUGCAGCUUUUACUGGAGACACACAAGGCUGAGCUUUGCUCAGACUCACGUUUCCACUCCACUGUACACCACUGUCCACCUGUCAGCAGUAUCCACUGCUUCACCAACUGAGGGAACCUUGAAUGAAGUCAGUAACUGUAACCUGGCUGUCACUCACUAGCUUUCAGCAGCACUUUCAGCCACAUUUCCUCUGAUGUGACAGCGGACCGAACUCCUCUGCUGAUGAAGAGCUGCAGAUUCGGGUCCGGUUCCAACAGCUUCGAGGCUCAGUUCUUUUUUGAGAUGUAGGAUUUCUAGAGCGUACCUAUCACAUCACAUGAACACUCCUCUGGUAUUGAAUUGCUUGCAGCAUAAACUGUACCUGCUGGACUCACACUGGCUGUUUCCCAGGUUAUUAUUUACAGUGAGUCUGUGGACACGGAGAGAACACACCCACAAGUGCAUUGCAUAGAACCACAGUUAAAAGGUCGGCUCUCCAACUUUGUCCCAAAUGCCAGAUGAUCUUUGGUUUUUCAUCAUGUUUAAGAAAUCUUUGAGACUUCAGCACCAAUUGGAACCAGUUUUUCGGACAAGUGCACAAAUAAAUAUCAGCAGCAGGAGCUGAGGAAACGGCUUCAGACCGGCCUGCUUCCUUCGCUCCACAAACCUGUUUCUGGCCUUGAGGCUGCACUUCUGUUUCUUUGUCCCAAACCUUUCUGUUGUUUGACCCGAACCAGCACACGGCAUGAUCGUUUGGAAAUGUGUAUUAUGACGACACAGGGCAGCAAAACACAAGAGAUAUAAUCUAGUGGCUUAAUUUGAGACUGCGUCUCAGUUUAGAAAACUGUACUGUAUUCUUCAUGUACUUUAAAGUGUAGAUUGUGAAUUAUGUCAUCAUGUACGUAUGCCAAGAAAACUAUCUUUUGAGUUAGCCGAGUUGAAGCUAACUAUACGUCUGUUGCACACAUUACUGUUACCAAUGUACAAACCUAUUAAAUAUCAACUUAACAUAUUGUUGGAUCUGU